AUGUCCAAUAACAAUGCCUCUGGUACGAAUGCUGAUAGUGCAUUUGUCAAUGCGGAAGUGUCAAUGCCUCGUGUACUUCGCUUUUGGUUGAUGCUCCUCGCUAAUGUUCCAUCAAUCAUCUGUACCUUUUCUCUCAUAUUUUACAUCAUCGGAAAUCGAACUCAACGAUAUGCAUUGCAUAAUCACACUAUUCUUCUUAUCUUAUUGUUUGGUCUACCUAUUCAACUCAUCGAUAUCAACAUGUAUCUUGUCUUCUUUCAUUUUGGUACUAUUUUACCCACAAUACCCAUCAUGUGUCGAAUAUGGUGGUUGAUUGAUUAUGGUUUUUAUUGUGGACAGAUUAUUCUCAUGUCCUGGUUAGCCAUCGAGAGACACAUUCUGAUCUUCUAUGAUCAAUGGAUCUCUAAUCGACGAGGUCGAUUCCUUUUUCACUAUCUCCCGUUAUCAAUUCUCUUAGUAUAUAUUCUUAUUUUCUACACAACUGUUAAUUUCUUUUUACCGUGUGAAAACGUAUAUAUUUACACCGUGCCUGUGUGUGGAGCAUCUCCAUGCUAUCAGUCGUAUAGUAUCUUUGGAAUGUGGGAAUCCAUCGGUAAUAGCUGUGUUCCCAUUGUAUUCGAAGGUAUUUUCAGCAUCGCUCUGGUGAUUCGUGUUACUCGACAGAAGCGUCGACUUCGUCAAUCGAACCGGUGGUCGAAACAACGACGAAUGAUCAUUCAAUUAACUUUAGUUUCUGCUCUAGAUGUCUCUCUCAACACUCCGAUUUUCUUCAUUCCACUUCUUCGUCGAUUUGGAUUACCAUCUGACUUUGGUAUUCAACCUGAGCUUUAUUUCUUCUACUUUGGUUAUUUCGUUGUGUUUCUGUUUCCAUUUGCAUCUUUAUGUCAAUAUCCGGAUUUACGCAGAACGCUGAAACGGAAACUGUGCUUAGUAUGUGAACGAUCGCAUCGAAAAGUUCUGGUCGAACCUCUGGCGAUAGCUUUACCACAGGUGACGUAUCGCUAA